GCGAUGAGUGUCAGACGGAAGACUGCAUGAUUCUCUGACCAGAUCGUUUGCUCGAGGUCGGCAGGAUGUUUCUUCAGUUCUCAAAAAUCUGAGAACUUUGAGUCUCAACCCUUUCCCAAAUCUCUGGCUGGAUCACAGGAAACAGAAAUAUCGAGUUAGUAGACUUUUCUUGCGACUCAGUGUGUAUGUUGGCCUGUUCUAUCGAUCUGGAAAACUCAUCAGGUCAUUGAGAAGCGGUGUGCUAUGAUGAAAUCAGUCGUGUGAUUGUUGGAAAAAGUGUGGUCCAUCUACGUCCUUUGUAUUUAAAAAAACAGAGAUUCUGGACAACCAAAGGCAGAUAUGGCCGAUUGUGGUGGUCAGUGGGCAUGUCUUUCCGCCUCAGUGUUUAUGUUCCUGGUCACUAUAUAUGCAUAUCUCUACACAUUCUACCUUCGCAGAAAAAUCCACCAAAUAAAUAGAGAUUUAGUGAGAAGCGAGGUGGAUCUCGAAGAUGGAAAGCAAGUCCUGGCAGCACUCUUGGCUCAGCUCUUUGCUUAUAUAGAACAGACUGCUCCAUCAGUUGCCGAGCAAGCAGAUCCAGCUCAGGCUACCUUUGUUUCACGCGAUGCCGCACCCAGUGAUGAGGGUCCAUCUGAUAGGAAUGUUACCAGUAGCUGAGCUUAAUUUGGCAGAUCUAUUCAGCUGUAGCUUCAACUUGUGCGCUUCGUAGACAAGUUUCAUGAACCUUUUGUCACAUUAUUGAUGAGAAUGGUAAAUGGUAAAUGGAUUUAGAAGCGACAGCAAGGAUGGCCUGCAUUUCUAGAUUAGCGUUUGUUCGUGAAAAGGAUCCAUUCCAGAUGAUUGCAUUAUAAACUGUAUGGACUUCCACUUCAACUUCAUUCGGUGUUUAUC